UCACUGCCUCCAAAAUCUUUGCACCUGGUCAAGGUAAGAUUGUGAGUAUUAUUAAGCAAGUGGACAUAAAUCUGUAAAUCUGAUCGUGCUACGUAAAAAUUACCUUUGCAAGACAUCAACACGACACCGUUCUUGAUAGUUCUUGAUAUAUUUUUGCUGAUCAGAUCUUCUACGCAUGCUACUUCCUGCGGCAUAUUCGUUAACCGGACUUUUCAGUUAAUGUCUAGUUGUUUCACCAGGCUUUUGCUUCAUUAUUUAAAGGCUAAGAUUAGCGCAGGCCUUUUUUAGUAAUAGAACUCCGAUAUUCAGCAAAUAACAACAGCAAACUUUAUUAAUAAACAGAUAAUAUUAUAGAAGCAUUGCCCGCAAGGCUAGCAAGGCUAUUUACAGUUUACAAAUAAAUGAAUCAAAUGAGGACUAGAUAACACGAUAGAGGAGAAGAAUUAAACAAAUAAAUUGAAAAAGUAGAAACUAAUAAGCAAGAAUUUAUUUUUCGACAUUUUUGGCUAAUUUUACCUUGUUAAUUAAGAUGGGCAUAUCAAUAUAGUAUAUUGCGGAUUUUUUUUUUGACUGAUGCGAUAGGAUAUCUCAUUCCACAGCUUAGCCCCAAAGCGAGAGAAAGAAAGUUUACAUAAUUCUAGAUCGGAACUGUUUACAUGAAAUUUCCUGAAACCGAUGCUUUUGUGUUGUAAGAGUGGCAACUACUUGUCUUGUGAAAUAGAUUUAUAAUGCCAGAAGGUGCCUUAUUGUUAUGGACAUCAUGCAUAAGAUUAGAUAUAGUCUGGUAAUAUAAAAAGUUCAAGGGUAAAACGUUGGCGUCGAUGAAGAGAGGUAUUGCGCGAUCGCCUUUAAUUUCAUUUCUCUGUUUUGCACUGCCCAACUCUACUGCGCAUCAGUUUUUCAAGACGGCGCAGAUUUACAUAGAACUCGACGAGAUCUCGCGCGUCCAGAGCCAACUUCAGCCGCGUGCACCGUUUGCAUUACGGUUGACCAGAAUACGUGUGCAUGCUACCUCCCUCCUUCUGUUAGGAGGUGAAACUUCCUUAAUCAAAGCAAUAUUAUGAAAAUGUAAAAUAGGUUGAUUUUCAACCAUUGAAUUGAUAAGAUCUUCUUCAAAACGUCACGGCAAUGUUCGUUGUGUAAUUUUUCUAUCUUUUUGCAAAAUGUUGUGGGGAAAAGCCUGAAAACAGCACUUCAUAGCAGCUCGAGUUAAAAUUUUCAGAGGGAGAAAUGCCCUUUCAAGGUUUGCGCCUAAAUUUGGUGCUCAAAGUCCCUUACCUUUCUUUUAAAGGCAAUUUCAGCUAUUUUACACUGACCUAAAUUUCAAAUCUUUCCGAGGAAGCAUGCCCCAGAACCCCCUAGAACUAUGGUUAUGUUAUAGCGUUUGGUUCGGUAAAACGAAAGGCUACAAAAUGGAUAACGACCCAAUCGCCAGUCCAUCCAAUGUGUUGAACUUACGGGAUAGGGUGCAUUUGGGAAAAAAUAUCAUGACUACUCCCCUACAAGCUAGGAGCAUAUUGGUUGUUUUGCCUAAACUAUGCCAAUUUAUUAUAGAAAGAUUGGUUCAUAAUGUCUGUCAGCUACGUAGCCAUAUGCGGCAUCAAUAAAUGAUAUAUAAUUAUUUCUUUUUUAUGCACAGAGGAAGCAUAUCAGGCAAUGCAAAGCUAUGAAGCAAGAGCUGAAGACGAACUUUCUUUUGACAUUGGUGUUACGCUCAAAGUUGUAGAAAAAAACUUAGAUGGAUGGUGGCUAGCCAGGUAAACAAUGGUGAAAUGUUUCCUGGGAGUUGUUAGUGUCGUUGCGUAUUUGCAAUAGUAAAUUAAGUGGUUUAAGAACAAUGCCGCCAUUACACUGAAAUCUUACACUCAAAAUUUAAAGCGCGAUUGCUUCUUUAUUACAAAGGUUCGUUCAGUGUUCUCCUUUUACAUGCACUAUGCUAAAAGACGUUGCAUCUCAUUUUACUUUCGCCAACUCUAUCGAUUUCUCGUGUGGCGGAACAAUAUGUUUUAAACCCAAUCUACCAAGUACUUUCCUCGGCGCCUACUAAAUUGCUCAACAAACUAUGGAGUGAUACAAACAAGCGUAAACAAAAUUUUAAAAACUCAUCUCAUUUUUCCCUUCUUUAAGAUACCAAGGUAAAGAAGGCUGGGUGCCUGCAGUGUUUUUGUCAAGAGUAGUUGAUUCUGAUGAUUCUUCGCCUUCAUUGAGUGGAAAAAUUUGUGAACUGGGGGAUAUCGCGUCCUCUGAAGAGGGUAGGUGAUUUGUUACAUAGUGACAUUUAAUAGUGACAAUUUUUUAACAUUUUAUUCACCCCUUGUAGCAACUCGGAUAUUAAAUUUUCAUGGCAAUGAGAGACCGACACGCACAUUUCAGUCAUAUAACGAGAAUUUAUGUUUUCGUUUCGAUCUUUGCGGUACUCCUAUUUUGAUAGCUUAAUAGUCCCCCAUGCAAACGUGAAACAAAGGCAUCACUUACUUAUUACAUGUAAUUAAUUUUUAAAUACUGUAGGUGUUGGUCUGGUUGCUAUGGGAAUUGUACUCGGGCUUACCCCCUCAAUACCUACCCGACAAUCACGCUAACCAUUCGGUGGCUUCCUAUAUAAUCCAUGUAGCUUUAUUUGAUGAAUUUCUUCAGUGAUUUUUCUUUCUCAUCGUAGUUUUUGAAAAUGGUGAUAGUGAGAGAGGAAGAAGAUCACUCCCCUCAAGGCGAAGCAUGGUAAGGUUCUUGCAUGGUCAAAUUUGUCUUCAAACUCUCUUAACCUCAGACAAAAAUAAUACAGUCAAACCCCGCUUUACGGACACCCACCUAAUAAGGACACCUCAUUAUUACGGACAGUUGACUGUGUCUCUGGGGAAAGAAAACCCUUAAAAUUUUCUCAAAAUUCAACCCGCUCAUUAACAAUUAUUCCUCGAGCCCGAAUGGGCUCUGAGUAAAUAGCCCAUGAGGCCGAGGGCCGAAUGGACUAUUGACUCAGAGCCCAUUCGGGCUCGAGGAAUAAUUGUUUUAGUAAAAUCCUACUAGCUGGUCAAAAAUAUCGAGACAAAACAACUUUAGCUGGAUAAAGCUAGACUUUAAUCCUUUUUUGCCGCCAAAAGGCCGGCGCUUUUUGCUACUAGUGGGCUAUAACAUAUAGCCUAGUGGCAGCUCAACCAAUCAGAACGCAGCAUUGAUAAUAGACCACUACUUGGAUUUUACUAAAUACGGAUAUCCCUUUAAUAUGGACAGUGUCUAUGGCCCCCUCAGUGUCUGUAUUCGCUGGGUUUGAUUGUAAUAUUGCACAGGUGAUAUGAAUCCCUGAGGAGACAUCUUCCAUUUUUAUCCAGUGUUGCUUUUAAUCGCUACGAUCUUUCUUCCUUUAUAUAGUUUCUGUAGAGAAGUUAUUACGAGCGAGUUAUUAAACAGCCUUAAGAUAAGGAUCCGUUCAUUCUUUCGGUAUUAAAUCGUUGCGGUUAAUUAAUUGGAAGAAGGUUAUAUAUUAACAACAUGUUUUUUUUAAAAAAAACCUAAAAGAUUGUCAGUUUUUUUUGCCAACGGAACAAUAAAGCAGGCGUUGAAAGAACCGUCUGAACUUUUCCUUCCUCUCAGGUAACUUCCUUCUUUUGCAAUUUGUUAAUUUCGAUCCAAAAUGUAAUGAAUCACUCGAGAAAGCUUUCUUAGAUUUAAGCUACGGAGCAGGAAUUCAAGUUUUAAAAACAGGCGUUUCUUGUACAAUGUCGUUUUUAGGAAAAAUUCGACUGAGAUUGAAUCAAAAAGGUUGUGUCUAUAAUAUUAUUCACGGAUAUUCCCAACUUUUGCUAGUCUCGUGUCGUAAGGCUACGCUCCUUUCGUCGUUGCGAUAACACAAAGAACAGCUGCGAAAGAAGUAAUACUCUACCGAAACUUCUUACCAAAAUUUUGGGCAGUUUAUGGCGCAAUUCUUCAAUUGCGACAAAGAAAAUCGCUGAAAAUGUAGUAAGUUGAAUUUCUGGAGGUGGAAAAACUUUGCGAACCAAGCAUCUCCCGUGCAGCUUUUUCCAGCAAUUCAUAAGGGAGCAGUUUCCGGAGAGGUCAGGAAACUUCAAGCGGUUAUAAAUUUCUCAGCAAUUGCAUCUUUGAGAUACUUAAAACAUUAUUGGUCCGUUUGCAAAAAACUUGUGAAUGAGAGUUUCUCUUUUUUUUUCAAAAAAACGUUGUGAUUGAAAAAUCUUCUUCUAAGUGCCCGGUUCGAGAAUCCGCACUGACAAAACACUCAUUGAAUUUUUAGUAUACAUCAUGUUGCAAGAAAAUUGCUCAAAACCAUAUUAAUUAAUUUUCUAAAUCAAGUUUUUGCCUAAUUAAUUCCUCCUUACGGACACUUUAUUUUAGCCUUAUAUACCCAUACUACUGCGAGAGUGUCUGUGCAUCGACCUACCCACAUCAAACUUCAAAUGUUUACUAAAAAUGGGUCGCAAGAAUAAGGUUGAGGAGUGCUUUCGAUGCUCACACUUACUCUAAGACUUACGAAUUCUGAAUCUUGAGAGUAUCUACAAACUUAGAAUAGGAAAAUUUAUGUAUCAAUACAAAUACGGCUCACUUUCUGAUUGCUUCAAUAAGAUGUGUUCUGUGACACGCCAGGUCCAUUCGUAUGACGUCGACUCUUUUAUUUACUUCAUUGCAGGACUAAUAUAUAAAGUAAUUUCUCUAUCAUUUUCCAAGGUCCUAAAUUCUUUAACUCUCUAAGUUUUGAAAUUCAAAAUGCAGCAAGUAUCGCUGCCACCUUUUGCUGUAAGCUGAAAGCAAUCAUCUUAUCAUAAAUAUUCAUUUAAUUUUCUCUUUACCUUUGAUUUUCAUUUUCAUUUUUUCCCAAUUUUCCCUUUCGCUUCGCUUUUUUAGCCUUACUAUGAUUAAUACAAUUCUGCCAUUGAUUUUUCCAUAUUUACUUCUGUUUAUACUUCUUUGUUUGUAAUAGUUAAUUGAGGGAGCCUAUUCCCUAUAAGCUCUGGGGUAUUCUUUGGACUUGCUCGCCAUACAGGCAAAGCGUUUUAAUAUUUAAAAGCUGUUCUUGCCAUGUAUAUAGGGUAAAACAAUAAACUUGAAAUUUUUUGUCGCUUUCCAUCUCAGGUUCAGCGAUCGAUAAAAAAGAAGCCAAAUAAAAAUACCCCUCCUCAUCAGUUCAGUGAAACAAGGACAGCAGAGGAACAAAAUCAGGGAGAUACAAUGUCCUUUUCUAGUGGAUAUCAUUCCUAUUCAAGCAGCAGUCUCUCCUCCCUCGUGUCAGAUGUUUUUGCACCUGAAGAAGGAGGUGUCGAGGUAACAUCGGAUAGUUUUGAUAGUUGUGUGGUAAGCACUGCUUCAAAACAAGUUUCCUCUCCCUCAAAUGUUGUUACAACAUCAGCGCGGGCUGAGAAAACAACCGGGUCUUCUGUGAAUGGAAGUGCAUUGACCUUAGGAAGAAGAAAUCCUAUCCCAUUGCCAAGAAGUAAAUCUCCUGGACGCAGCCCCCAGCCGAGAAUUGAUGAAAUUAAAGUAACUCCUGUAGAGUCCAUCUCUGAAAAGGAGCAAGAAAAUGAUUCCCAGAACACGAGGUAUCAAGCCAUAUACACGUACAUCUCUCAAGACAAAAACGAAAUUACCAUCAACGAGGGAGACGUAGUGGAGGUAAUUAAGCGGAGCAGCAAUGGCUGGUGGCUUUUAGUCUCAAACAAUCAACUGGGUUGGGGUCCAUCAAAUUACUUGGAGCCAGUGUAAAUGGGCUGAAAGUACCUUUAGAAAGGGAAACCCUGGACACUUUGCUAAUCAGGAUUAUUCGUUUCUAGGUGUUGUUAUUAUCAAGGUACUAGUUCGGUAAGUGCAACAGGUGCAGAAACUUGGACCUUGUUGUAUCGAGAAGAAGAAUGUGAAUUCAAUUGGUAAUAAAACUCAAGCCAUUUUCAUAUUUUUGAUAAUUAAAAUACAGUAACCGUUAACCUAUUUUUAAACUGAAAAUGAAUUUUUUAUUAUGAUAUGUUCGUCAGUUUUAACCUCCCGACGUGGAAUAACACGAUGAUGCCAUGACGUAGGCUCUGUCAACAAGGGUCUUAAAUAAAAGUGAGAAUUUCUAGAAAACUGCUUUUAGUA